UUAUUGUUGAAAUGCAUUUAAUAUUAUUAUUUCUUUUUACAUACAUAAGUUUUGGAUCUGCGUUGUUUCCCUACGUGUAUCCUAGGAUUGAACUUGCAGCAUCGCUCACUGGAGACGCCGGUACACCAUUAUAUCUCACUCCUUUUUUGAAGAAUGGCUCAAUAGACGCAGCGCAAAAGCUUUCCCUAGUAUCUUUGACUACCAAACUUGGCUUCCAGAGCCAUGCCGGCUUCUUGACGGUGGACGAACAUUAUCAAUCUAACCUGUACUUCUGGUACUUUCCAACGUUUUCCAAAGAUCCAAAUGCACCAGUCGUUCUAUGGUUGCAAGGCGGACCCGGCGGAAGCUCCUUAUUCGGACUUUUCACAGAAAUAGGGCCUUUAAUAGCAACCAAUAAAGGCUUUAAAUUGAGGAAGCACCACUGGGCACUGAACAGCCAUCUCAUUUUCAUAGACAACCCUGUUGGCACAGGAUUUAGCUUUACUAACAAUGAAGAAGGAUAUUGCACUGAUGAAAACUGUGUUGCACUCGGUUUGUAUAAUGCCAUGCAACAAUUCUUCACCCUAUUCCCUAAUUUAAGAAGCCACAAGUUUUUUAUUACCGGGGAAUCAUAUGCGGGGAAGUAUAUACCAGCUUUAGGUAUGGAGAUACAUAAUCAAAAUAAUGCUGCUGUGAAUAAAAUUAACCUGCAAGGUAUGGCAAUGGGAAAUGCUUACUGUGAUCCUGCUAACCAGCUAGAUUACGGUAACUACUUGUAUCAACAUGGACUUAUAGAUGAUAAUCAACUACAAGUAUUUGAGAAGCUCCAAGCAAAGAUUGCAGCUGAAAUAAGCAAAGAGAACUGGGUACAAGCAGAUUUACUUAUGGAUGUUAUGAUGGAUGGAGACGUGAAAAACUUCUCAUACUUUAAGAACUACACUGGUUUUGAUAACUAUUAUAAUUUUCUUAAAACAAGUGAAGUAGACAUUACUAUAUUUGCUAAAUUGCUGCAGGACGACGAAGCUCGAGAGAGCAUUCAUGUUGGAAACCUGCCUUUUCACUCCGGUAAAGAAGUGCAGUUACAUUUAGCAUUAGACAUACUGAAAUCUGUGGCACCGCAUGUUAAAACGUUGCUGUCGCAUUACCGAAUACUUAUAUACAAUGGACAGCUAGAUAUAAUUGUUGCUUAUCCUCUAACGGAGAAGUUUCUACAAAAUUUAGACUUCAGUGCUGCCGAGGAGUAUAAAACUGCUCCAAGGAAGAUAUGGAGGGUGGGAGAUGAGGUAGCAGGAUACAGGAAGAAAGCUGGCAACUUGACAGAGUUGCUAGUGAGAAAUGCUGGCCAUAUGGUGCCGCAUGAUCAGCCCAAGUGGGCAUUAGAUAUGAUCACGCGUUUUAUUCAAGGCAAAAUGUGA